AUGGAGGAUAGGGAUCUGGCCACUGGCCUUCGUGGCCUGUACCAGGAUCUCUCUGCUCUUUCAGCUUCGUCGUUUGUGAACAUUGAUCGGCUUCGCAUUGAGCUGGAGGCUCACAUCGACGAUUUCAAGAAGCUCCUCGACAAGCCCGCGAAAAACAACAGCAGUCGCCAGGCUGUCCUCUCAGGGAAAAUUACCGUUGACAAUCUCGAAUACUCGAUCAAUGAGGAAUUUCAACAAGGGGUGUUGAUGCUGGCAGAUGCACUAGACAUCGAUGAAUUGCAAGCGGCAGUACUGUUUUUGGCGGCGCAGGAAGAUGCUCAAGUGCUGGACAGGCCCCCCGUCAUCGCCGCGAUCAUGCGAUUCCAUGAGCGCCGGCAAUUCUUGCUCGACUCGUUACGACUUAUUUUCCAAGAAUCUUUCGAAGUGGAGCGGGAAAUGACCCAGGUUAUCAUGCAGGACAUGCUGGCGUUUGUUGUGGAGAUAAAGGAUGGGCCUUUGCGGAAUGCGUCGUUGUUCACACGGAAAUGCAUGAAGUCAAUGGAGGAUAUCGAGAAGUGGCUUGUCCUUCUUGGCGAGCAGGUCCAGAAAGCGACCAUUGUCGGCCAGUCAGAAGAAUUCGACAUCAUAGAGGCUCUAGAAUACCAACGCAGCAGCUUGCAGCAACAACACGAAUCACUCGGUGCAGUGCUCUGCUACCUUUUCAAGGGCCCUUACACCAGUUCUGAAGAUCUCCGCCUACUACUGGACCAUCUCCGAAAGCUCGAGCGCUUCGAUGGGCUCCUUGUUCAUUACCUCCCUUGCAUUGUCACGUCUUUCGUUCAGCAUGGCUCGCCUGAAAGUUCGAGCUCCUACCGAGAGGCCAGGAGUCUGCACACAGCUAUUACUUCCUCCGAAGACGGUCAACCCUGGAAGGUGCCCGCAUUUCAUUCGGCAGUCAUUGCAUUAUGGCUCGCAAUCUACAGCGGCUGGGAUUUCGAUGCCCCUGCCUCUCCUCUUCAGGGUGUCGACUUGGAGAAAGAUGCCGACGAGCGCACCAAGAUGUUCAUGACGGCAUUGGAUGAGGGAGGCCUUGAACUUAUCCUCGCUGUCUGCUAUGGUGUGAACGAUGAAGAAUGGGCUGACCCAGCUCGUAGUGAACUGGUCACACUGUUGUUGAAAGAUAGCGCAUCAGCAACGAUCGAGUCUGAUUGUUGCUCCGGCUUUCUGAAGGUUCUUCUGAUGGAGAACUUCGAAGCCUUUGCCGAGGCGUGCAUUGCGAACAUGCCAGAUGCGGUUCGGAUGUUGAAAACCGAAGAAGAUUCCCAAAGACUGGAUCAUCUUACUGCUCUGAGAGAUGGCCUGACGUCUAGCCUUCAUCGUGGCUUGGUAGAGGCCCGGACACAUCUCGAGUCGUUCUUAAUGAUCAUGGCUUUUGCGUUCGAACGUCGGCCAGAUGCCGCGCAGGAAUUCUGGGCCGAUCCCGAUGGUAAUCUGUAUGGCUUCCUUCAAUGGGCAUCCAAACGGCAAACGGUUCCCAGAGUCAGUGCAUUCUGCGAGUUGCUCUGCUCCAUCUCCGUGGGGGAGGACAAUGCCACCGCAGCCCAUCGGUUCCUGUCGGAAGAAGACAGAUUCAUGUCCGCGAAAUUCAAACGAUCCACGUCCAUGAAUUGGUCCCAGAUGUUCGCUGAGCUCCAACUGUAUGCCACAAGAGUUACUGAAAAGCCUUCUACAUCACAAGCGAUUUUGCGAUCAAGAAAACCCGAUCCGGCCGACAUGAGCGAACCAGAGAGCCCUGUGAUGUUGACCUGCUACCUCAGACUACUGGAGCAUCUGUGCAAACAGAGUGCCACUAUCAGAGACUGGCUGCUUCACCACCCUUCUUUCAAUGUUGUCGGUACGUUGUUGAUGCUGUGCAGCGGGCCAAUCCCUACGCAUUUGCGCGCAAACGUCUUUGCGGCUCUUGCGGCCUUGAUGACAGAGAAGUCGUCUCACAACGGCAAUGAAAUGUGGCUUGCAAUUGAUCAGUGGAUUUCGGGGGGCUCUAUGAGUGCUUCCAACCUUGGCAAGGUCCCGGUGGUUUCGAAUCCGCUCGUAUGGCAUGAGCAACAGGCCUUCCAGAGGAUUGGUGAGAGCUUCGACCAGGCUAAUGCUUUUGUUCGCCUCGUUUAUUCACUCGUCUCUCCUGCUCCCGAUUCGGCAGAUUUUCACCUCUCCUUAUCGUUCCCCGAAAAUCUUGGUUCGUCCUACCGUAUGCCGGGCAUUGAGCCUUAUAUCGACUUCAUUAUGGGUCAAGCUCUUUCCAGGAAGGUUCCGGACCUCAACGAACGCCAGACCCGCUUGUUAACUUACAACUGCUUGGAUUGCAUCGUGACAUGUCUGAAAUCUUUCAACGAGAACCUAGUCACCGUCCUCAGUCAACCCGCAAUAUCUGCCGGCGAUAGCGUCAUUAAAGCGUCCACAUUUGUCACCUACAUUCGUCUUCAUCCUUUUGCACGGGUUUGUGAAUGGCUGUUCAAUGAAGACGUGAUUAAAGCUCUUUUUGCUACAGCCCAUCAAGAUGUGAAUGAGGUUGCGAAAGCCUCGUCAGACUCUAUCCUUGUCCUUUCCUUGGUUCGGAGCUUGGAAGUUAUGGACAUGAUAAUCGACCUUCAAUCGACGUAUUUCAAUAUUGUGAGGCCGGCGAUCAGGUCCCAGGCUGGUGGGAGCAGGACGAAUGUGGCCAAUUCUUCGCUCUCGGCUUUUGAGGAUAGCAUUCUGAACAACUUAUCGUUAAUACCUGCCUUAUGCCUCUAUUGCAGCACGGGACAUCAACAACUCACAGUUACCUCGAUGACGUUGCUGGAGAAGCUAUCUAGCUCCAGAAAGCUGAACAAGGUUACGUCUCCGGAGUUAUCCAAGUGGCGUUCACCGAACAAGAUCGUCGAAGUUCUAAGUGCUGAGGUAGACCUCAACAGUGUCGCACGCCCAUUUGUAUCUCAGAUGCAACCCGAAUCGAGAGAGAUAGAAUCUGGCGCACAAUCGCCCGGAUACAUUAUCAGAGAAAGCCUUUUAGCGCUCCUGAACAGCUGUCUCGGCAUGAUUAAUGACCGACCUACCAUAGCCCACUUGCUUCUUGGUUUCAGCAGCAUCGGGAAUAUGCUUGAUGUCACGCCAGAUGGCCUAUUCGCCGAUAAGAUGUCUUUGUUGCAUGCUGUCAUUGGAUUUCUGCAGAGCUAUCCCGACGGGUUGGAUGGAAAUAUUCUCCCAUGGUUGUUGCACGUCAAGCGCAUGGCAUUUGGGGUUUUGAAACAUCUCUGGUCUUCUAAGCUCUCGUCCUACUUCACACUCGCCGAGAUGCGUGGCAGCCGCUUUCUUUUCAACAUGCUCGCAAGCCAGUCGAUAAUUGGUCCGAACACACCGUGGGAUGGAUUGCCGAUCAUCACGGAUGAGUUCUGGCUCUCUGAAUCCACAACUGCUCUUGCAGAAUUUCUCCUCUAUAGAAGCUAUCUGUUCGACUACGCUGCAACAGAAAUCCGCUCUGCUGCCAAGCUUGCUUCCCCGACCCUUCAAGCGGAGAUCGUUGCAACAUUGUUCGGAAACUCGGUCUCAGAGGCUGGGGAGACGAUCGUGAAUCCCUCUGUCUUCGAUCUCUUCGAUUUUGCGGAUUUAGACAUCCAGCAUCGGUUGCAACUACCGGCAUUGAACUUGCUUGACGGUAUCGAGUUUGACGUGUGUGCGAGACCUGAAACAGAAAGCUCUCCAGUCGUCUACAAUCUGGAUGAGGUCGUGGAGCUGAUCCAGGUCAGGAAGGAGGAAUUGACCUUGGAUGGGCACCUACGGCCCCAAGAUGAAGAAGUAUUCCUGGCCGAAUCCGAGAACUUGAUGUUGUUCAUACGGGCAACGAACCAAGCGAACCUGAUUGCGUUUAACCGUUAUUUGGCUCUGCGGUCAUGGACACAGCUCAUUACCACAAUUCUCACUUGUUCCGAAAUUGAGGGCGGAAGGAGAGCUACCUUCAUACUACACUCGCUUCAGUUGAUUCUCCCCAAACUCGAGGUUGCUAUUGAAGAAGAUCGACCGGAGGGGGUUGAAUUGGCACGACUGGCUGAGACCUUGGUCAGCAGACUGGAGUCUACGCAGCCCGGUUCGAAUCAUGCUCGCAGGAGCGGUGAUGUCCUCGACGAGAAACUCCAUCAACUCUUCCAGGUUUGCAUUCGAGGCGUGAUCUUGGCAAGCGGGAAUGUCAACAUCAGAGAGACCUUUUACAACACCUGCGCACACUAUAUCGCCGGCAUCAUCUCGUCAGAACCGACGCAUCAAAGCAUGAGACUCCAGAGUCAGCAAGUGAUCAAAGCUGCCGGCCAUGCCUUGAUUGAGGCCGUCUGCGACGAUGCGUACGCUGGCCAAGAAACAUGCCGAGUAUCCGCCCUUCUGUUCCUUAAUCUCUUGGCUGCUCUGGAUAGGCAAGCAGAUGGUCAGUUGGCCGAUUCCAUAGCUCAGUCCAACUACCUGAGCCUCUUCUUGGACGCUAUCGGGUCGCUACCUGUUGAAUUGAGGAACGCCCCAGCUAGUGAUACACCUUUGUUGUUGUCCUACUACCAAUCGCUUCUCUGCCUACUUCAGGAGCUCUGCCAGACCAAGAAUGGUGCGACUUGUGUCUUGAAAACUGGCCUUUUCCAGGCAGUACGGGACUCGCAACUGUUCGCAGCCGACCCAGACCUCGGUAUCGACCUAGAUAUCGAUAACCCCGAUGCUCUUCGAAAGUACUACGACCUGCUUGACUCAGUCCUCCGUGUCGUCGUCGCCGCUGUCUUUUCUCGUGGAUUGCACAACGAACAGAUGCUGGAGCAAACGCGGGCUUUCCUUGCCGAGAACAGGCAAAGCAUGGUCGGCAUAUUCAAGAGAUUUGCCAAGGUUGGAGGCGGGGGUGCCGCAAACCAUCAAGAUGCCCUGCGGCAACUGACCAAGUCAUAUAUGGCACUCAUCACAGCCACAGACUUCCUGGAGAACUCGAGAGGUGCCACCGAGCAGAGGAGCGGUAAGCGCAAGUCGAUCGGCAAGAGGAAGCUCUCAGAUCAGCAGGAGGGGGAGGUGCAGCAACCUCAACAGCAGCAGGCGACCAUCUCCGAGCUUCUCUCUCGGAACCAUACGACCCCCGCCAGAGGUCAUCCGCAACAGACGUCCCCGGCGAACAAGCGUCUACGAACCUCCCCACCAUCAUCGGGCUCUGUCCCUUCGAAUAUCUCGCAAGGACCGAACGCCUCCGACAGGAUGUAUAAUUUCGCAAAUGCAGAGACCAGGUCGGGCGGCCCGAUGGGACAGAGUCCGAGCGGGGCUGGUCUUCCCAAUGCAACAUCCAAACCUCGCACCAUCAACGCCACAUCACGGCAAAGCAACUUCACCCCCCACACUGGAGCGAAACGGUUAGUCGUGAAGAAUCUCCGGACGGGUUCGCGAUUGAAUCAGGAUUCGUAUUUCGAGAAGAUAUGGGGCCAGCUUGAUGCAGCGUUGUCGGCAAUCUUCAGUGGGGGGAAGCCUGAGAUAUCGUUGGAGGAGCUUUACAAGGGCGCCGAAAAUGUGUGUCGCCAAGGACGAGCCGCAGCUUUGGCCAAACGGCUGCAGGACCGAUGUCGAGAUCAUGUGUCUGGACAAUUGCGCGAUAAAUUGGCAGCAAAGGCUGCAGAUGGAACCAAUGUUGAUACACUACGGGCAGUGGUGGAGGCGUGGUCGCUAUGGCAGUCCAAGCUGGUUACUGUUCGCUGGAUCUUCUACUACCUCGACCAAUCGUUCCUUCUCCACUCCAAGGAGUUCCCCAUUAUCCGUGAAAUGGGUCUGAUGCAGUUUCGUCAGCACAUCUUUUCCGACGCCGUAUUACAGCCGAAGAUUCUGCAGGGUGCUUGUGACCUGGUCGAAGCGGAUCGUGGUGAGGAACAAAGUGUAGUGGCGGAUUCUUUAUUACUUCGGAAUGCUAUCGAACUGUUCCACGGCCUUGAUAUCUACACGAGCGGUUUCGAGCCGCUUCUCGUUUCCGAAUCCAGGGACUACUUUUCCUCGUGGGCCCAGCGAGAAGCAACAGGAUAUUUGGCCACCUUUGCGGAAAACAGCCAUCGAUUAAUUGAGCGCGAAGUGAAUCGGUGUGAGCUGUUUUCCCUCAACCGAAGCACCAAACAGAAGUUAUCGGAGCUCCUGGAUCGAGCCUUGGUAACGGAGCAAGAGGAUGUCUUGCUCAACCAGACCGAUAUCCUAGGCCUACUGCGGGCGGGAAACAAGAUUGCACUGGAAAGGCUCUAUUCCCUCCUUCAGCGAAAGAGUCUGGGUGCGAAACUGAAGACCGCCUUCAGCGGUUAUAUCGUCGAGGAAGGUUCCGGGAUUGUUUUUGAUGAAGAGAAAGAGGUGGACAUGGUGGCUCGACUACUAGAAUUUAAGCAGCAACUCGAUGACGUUUGGCUCAAUUCUUUUCACCGGAACGAGGAUCUGGGUCACACACUCCGUGAAGCCUUUGAGACCUUCAUCAACAAGGGAAGAAAGUCGGCAGCUACUGGCGGGACUGACAACCCCAAGACUGGCGAAAUGAUUGCCAAGUACGUGGACCGGCUUCUCAAAGGCGGAUGGAAAUUAGCGCCUGCGCGUACGGCAGAGGACAUGCCACUUGCAGACGAAGAUGCCGAAAUCAACCGGCAAUUAGACCAGGUUCUGGACCUGUUCCGCUUUGUCCAUGGCAAAGCGGUGUUUGAGGCAUUCUACAAGAACGACCUUGCUCGUCGGCUGUUAAUGGGCAGAAGCGCCAGCGACGAUGCGGAGAAGAGCAUGCUAUCGAGGCUUAAGACAGAAUGUGGAUCAAGCUUUACGCACAAUCUGGAGUCCAUGUUCAAAGAUAUGGACGUUGCCCGGGAUGAGAUGGCGGCGUACAGCUCUAUACAACGCGAACGGCGGCACCGCCUGCUGGUGGAUCUCAGUGUCAGUGUACUGUCGGCGUCGGCAUGGCCCACGUACCCUGAUGUCCAGGUGCGGAUACCACCUGAGAUCGCGACUGCCGUCGAUGAUUUCGAGAAAUUCUACAACACCAAAUACAAUGGGCGGAAGCUCAACUGGAAGCAUCAGCUUGCCCAUUGUCAGCUGCGGGCAAGGUUUCCCAAGGGAGACAAGGAAUUGGUAGUCAGCUCCUUCCAGGCGAUCGUGUUGCUACUGUUCAACGAUGCCCCAGAGGGUGGAACCCUCGGAUAUCAACAAAUACAAGAGGCGACCAUGCUGUCUGACCAGGAAUUGAAACGAACACUUCAGUCGCUCGCCUGUGCCAGGUAUCGUGUCCUCAGCAAGAAGCCCAAGGGCCGCGAAGUCAAUACCACGGAUGAGUUUUCGUACAACGCGGGAUUUUCCGACCCGAAGAUGCGGAUCAAAAUCAACCAGAUCCAACUGAAAGAGACGAAGGAAGAAAACAAGACAACGCACGAGCGGGUGGCUGCUGACCGGCACUAUGAGACGCAGGCGGCUAUUGUGCGGAUUAUGAAGAGCCGCAAGACCAUCACGCACGCGGAGCUUGUGGCCGAGGUUAUCAAGGCGACGCGAAGCCGGGGAGUGCUGGAGCCGGCGGAUAUCAAGAAGAACAUUGAGAAGCUGAUCGAGAAGGACUACAUGGAGCGAGAGGAAGGGAAUCGGUACCAAUAUGUGGCCUAG